AUGGCAACCACCAUGGAGUUCGAGUUCCCCGCGCCGCAGGCCACAACCACGUCUCUCGCAAGGCUGCACCGCGAAGUCGGAGAGCACUUUUAUCGCGAGAUCUGGGAGGCCGUGGUCGCCGCCGUAGAGGGAUACUGGAUGGAGCCGGCGCCGACCUCGACGGCCACCUCCUCGACCGCGGGACAAAACCCCAGGAUCGACGCCGUCGCCGACACCCUCGACGAGGAAGCCCCGCGCCACCGGACCGUGCCGCAGACCGACCCGCUCCGCGACCACAGGGAGCCGGCGACGCUCCGAGGCUCGAGCCUGAUCAAGCAGGCGCGCGUGGACGAGUCGGUGCUCGAGAUGCGGCAGGACCUGAACGUGAUGCUGCCGACGGGCAUCUAUGGCCGGCACACCAGGGCCAUCAAGGACCUGGUCUGUCGUGCGCACCGGGCCGUCCUGACCGUCAUCGAGGCUGAGGAUGACCAAGACGAACUCGAGACCGAGGCCUUUGUGGAGCUCGCGGCCGAGGAUUUCGAAGAGUAG